GUUUGACAGCCAAACAUGGCUGCCGCUAGCUAGCGCAACCAGCCAACACCUUCGUCUUUUAUUAUUAUUGGCAGCUGUCAGGAAAUAACUAGGGUCGGUAGGGAUUCACAGAGAGAGACUGUGAACGGCUGUCGCCCAUUUUUCGCCUUUCCUGGUUUUUAUCCAGCCGUUUCCCGGUAUGUGAAGGUGGUUUGUGUGCCACGGUGGACACAGGACAGGGGUGAAGUGACACAACAACAGUGGACUGAAGGCGGACUGUUUGUUUCUGUUGGGUUUCUUCACCUUUCUGCUGAUAUGUUUCACAGGUAAUCUUAGGCCUCUCUGUGAACCAGCCCCUCACCCAACUCCUUGCUGAUGAUGUCAUCACCACCAGCAAAGCCCUCUGCUACUUCCUUCUCCCCUGGGUCCCAGAUGCGGCCCUCAGCUGGCCUGGACUCCCUGUCCAUGUCUUCCCUCCUGUCUGGGGAUUUAGAUGAUGAAGGUGAUGGAGGAAAUGGAGGAGGGGAGGAGGAAGGGAUGGGAGACCUAGAAGUGAACCCUUAUGAUGGUUUGCCCUUUUCUUCACGCUACUACGCCCUGCUGGAAGAGAGGCGGCAGUUUCCCAUAUGGAGGCUCAGGCAGAGUUUACUGGAGCAUCUGGAGAGCCACAACAUGGUGCUGCUCAGUGCACCUAAUGGAGCUGGAAAAAGCACCCAGGUGCCACAGUGGUGUGUGGAGUAUGCUUUGUCUUAUGAAUUCUCUCAGGGCCUGGUGUGUUGUUCCCAGCCCUAUUCGGUGACAGCGGCAAGUCUGGCCCUACGCGUGGCUGAUGAGAUGGACCUCAGCCUGGGUCUGGAGGUGGGCUACAGAGUGUCUCAUGAUGACAGCUGUACACCUGACACCCUGCUCAGGUUUGUCAGUGACACCCUCCUGUUAGAGGAAAUUAUGUCAGACCCUCUGCUGCAUCAGUAUGGUGUUGUUGUGUUGGACGAGCUCCAGGAGCGUACUGUGCCCACUGAUGUCCUGCUGGGCUUACUGUGUGACGUCUGCCGGCAGAGGCCAGACAACUUCCGGGUAGUUCUCCUCACUCACCCGACUCUGGCACCUCGCCUCUCCUCCUUCCUGGGACCAUCAGUCCCUCACCUCUCCCUGGACAGCGGGCUCACAGACCUCCCUACUAAAGAGAAGGGGCGUGAGGUAGAGGGGGACAAGAACACUGUUGAGUUUAACAGGGUGGAGACACUGUACCGGGAGCAUCCAUCUGGGAAGGGCCCAGCGGCUGCUGCCUGUCACAUGGUGCUGGAUCUGCACAGAAGGGGAGAAGAAGGAGAUGUGAUGGUGUUUUUGGCCAGUGCACAGGAAAUAGAAGAGUGUGUGGUCCUGCUGGAGAAGGAGUGUGUAGCUCUGAGUCCUCAGCUUGGUCCUCUCAGGAUCCUCCCCCUCCAUUCUGGACUGGGUGGACUGGCCCAGCGGGUCUACGAAUCUAACCCUGAAGCUUCUACACUGAGGCAGAAUGACAGCUCUGAGAGUGUGGAUGGCCCAGUACUGGGAGCAGGAGGGCCGGGGGUCAAAAGGAAGGUUAUCCUCUCUGAUACCCUCGCAGAAGCUUCCUUCUCCCUGCCAGCUAUUCGCUAUGUCAUAGACACAGGCCUUCAACUCAAAACUGUUUACAAUCCACAAAUACGAGCUAACUCACAGAUGGUGAGGAUGAUCAGCAAACACCAGGCUGACAUGAGAACUCAAAGGGUGAACAGCCAUCUUCCAGGACUAUGUCUCCGUCUUUACCCCCAGUCUCUGUAUGAGGAUGGAAUGGAGGAAGCUCAUUGUCCAGGGGUGAUGGAGGAAAACCUCAGCCACUUGGUGCUGAUGCUUAAGAGGCUUGAUAUUGCUGACAUGGGACAGUGCAAGUUCCUGGACAGACCAGCCCCAGAGGCUCUAAUGCAGGCCCUUGAGGACCUGGACUACUUGGCAGCCUUAGAUGAUGAUGGUAAUCUGUCAGAGGUGGGCAUCAUCAUGUCAGAACUGCCACUGGAGCCUCCGCUGGCUAAAGCCCUGAUUGCUGCCUGUGAGUACGACUGUGUGGAUGAGCUGCUCACUAUCGCCGCCAUGCUCACAGCUCCAUCCUGCUUUGUGACAGCAGAACCCAGCAGAGAGGAGGCAGCUAUUACACACUGGAGACCUCUGAUGCAUGCAGAGGGAGACCACAUGACUCUCAUCAAUAUAUAUAACGCCUUUAUAGAGCAUAACCAGGAUGAGGCGUGGUGCACGACAAACUUCCUCAGCCACGCCUCCUUACGAUUAGCUGUGGUGAUCAGGACGGAGCUGUUGGAGGUGAUGCAGCGGAUUGAGCUUCCUGUUUCUCCUCCUGCUUUUGGAUGUCAAGACAACUGCACAAACAUAAAGCGUGCUCUCAUCUCAGGCUUCUUCCUCAAGGUGGCUCAUGAUGUGGACGGCUCAGGUAACUACCUCCUCCUAACUCAUCGCCAUGUGGCUCACCUGCAUCGCUACUCUUCCUACCUGUGUCGGCAGCCGUGUCCCAAACCUCCCAGCUGGGUCUUGUACCAUGAAUUCACCAUCUCCUGCGAUAACUGCAUCUGUAUCGCUUCUGAAGUCCACCCUCAAAUGCUUGUGGAGUUGGCCCCUCAGUACUACCUGGGAAACCUGCCAUCAAGUGAUGGCAAAGAGCUGCUCAUGGAGCUUAGGCAAAGCGUGGGCCCCCCUUCAUACGAGCAGGACGGAGUGUCAGAUGAGCACAGCAGGACUCACAGAGAUGCAGACGGGACGGGAGAAACUCUCAAUCAGUCCAACACUGAGCUCUGUGUUGUCCAAUGAGACAGAAGAAGAGACGGAGCAUCUCAGGAGACUACACUAAACACACAGCUGUCACUUUAUUGUUUGAUCUGAGAUCUGGUACAUUGUGUGAAUUAGUCUGGAAUCUCAUUUGAAGUUAAAUCAAUUUGAUGUGUGAUUUCAAAUGGACUUUUACUGGAAAACACUUAUGUACAGUAAUGUAUUGUUAAUGUAUCUUAUACAUUAUGCAGUGACUUUGGAAAAUAUUCAAACUUCUUCAUUUUCUCCUUGUUGUGCUUUGUAUUGACCUAAUUUAAAAUGUUAUUUAGAAUAUGUUUUUAUUUAAUGAGGGAUUUCUGCAAUUCUGUUUCUGUAAUUCUGCAAAACUAGACUAAUAAUAGUCUGUUAUUACUUUCUCACUGUGGGGUGUAUGUGCAGUGGCACAAAAUCAUCCAUUUUAAAUUGUAGCACAACACAAAUAAGGAAAAGUGGAUGAAAUAAUAUGUCAAACCCUUUAAGUGUCAUUUCUGUUAAUAAGAUUUCAGCUAAAGGUAAUAUGCACUACUGCAGUGAGCAGAGACACUGUCAGUGCUUGACCUUUGACCUCUAUGCAGAAGCCCAUCUCAGGGCUCACUGUGACUUGAUGCUGCAGCGGUGAUGCACAGAGCUUCUAUUUUCAACUUUUUGAUACUGUUUGUAUAAUGUUUGGGUUCCCUGCUUAGAUUCUGCCUUUUUCUCUCCAACUUUGUGUCAAUGAUAAAAAGUCCUUGUGUUACGUGGAUUCUUUUGGUCCUAUCUAAUAGGAUACUUCUGUCAAUACAGUACUUAAAUACUUCAAAUAAAAUUGUGGUUUUCCAUGUU